CCAAGCAAAUAUUUUGAUCAGACAUUGAUCAAAAAACGAGAAAUAUGGAGAUUGAGAUAAUAUCAAGAGAGUGCGUCAAUCCUUCUUCUCCAACACCUCAUCACCUUAGAACCUACAAGAUAUCUCUGAUUGAUCAAUUUGGCAGUCCAGCAUUAACUUCUAGCCUCUUUUUCUAUCCACCAAGCCAAGCUACCUCCAUCUCCAUGACCAAGAGAUCACAGUUGCUAAAACACUCUCUGUCACGCACUCUUACUCUUUAUUAUCCUAUCGCCGGAAGGUUCAUUGACAAUCUUUCUAUUGAUUGUAAUGACAAGGGACUUUGUUAUAUGGUGGCUAGAGCUAAUUGUGAUUUGCAAGACUAUCUCAAGCAACCUGAUUUAUCCAAACUCGCUAAAUUCGUGCCAGAAGAAAUCAUUUGUAGUGAAAUAACUCCAGGUGGUUAUGUUGUUAUGGUACAAGAAACUGCAUUUGUUUGUGGUGGUCUUGCUAUAGGCAUAGUUGUUCCACACCAUGUAUUCGAUGCAACUUCUACGAUGGUAUUCCUCAAAACUUGGGCCACAAUGGCUAGAGGAGGAGCACCGAUACCUCCCGUUUCAGCUCCACGUGCUUGUUUCCUCAAAACACUAAAUUUCCACAAGAUCCGAUAUCCCCGAUUAUCGUAGGCCAGAUAUUUGGUCGGGAUGGUAACUUUGUUUUCAGGAGGUUUUUGUUUGAAGGAUCAACCGUAAACAAUCUUAAAUCGAAAGCAACAAGCUCUGGAGUGCAUAACCCAACACGGGUAGAGGUUGUGCUUGCACUCCUCUUUAGAUGUGUCAUGUCUGCAUUGAAGGAAAAAUAUGGUGUCCAGAAGUCAAUUUUAAUGUCUACUGCAGUAAACUUGCGAUCGAGGGCUGUGCCACCAUUGCCGGAGACAAGUGUGGGAUGCUUAGUUUUGACAAAACCCAUUGUAAUUGGCGAAGAAACAGAUUUGUGUGGUUUCCUAGGCCUGCUAAGGGAAAGCGUGUCCAAAAUCAAUGGUGAGUUUUUAAAAAGCCUUCAAGCUACUCAAGGACUACAACGAUUUUUGGAGUUUGCGAUACAGACUGGUGAAUCAUAUUCCAAGGCUUUGUCUGACGGAGCCGAGUUCAUUGUGUUUAAUAGUUGGUGCAACGCAGGCAUGUACAAUGUUGAUUUUGGUUGGGGGAAGCCGAUAUGGUUUCCAUGUCUUCCUCUACCACUUGGUGGAUCUGUGAUUGCGCUCGUGGAUGCUAGAAUGAGUAAUGGAAUAGAAGCAUGGGUGUCACUAGAAGAAGAAAUCAUGUCCGUGGUAGAACGUGAUGCGGAAAUCCUUUCAUUAGCUUCAAUAGAUCCAAGUCUUCUACAAAUUAACUCAUUAAAGUCAAACCUUUGAUCCAUCAAUCAUCUAUGUAACUUUUGUGUGUUGUGUUUUUCUCCGUUACUUUUCUAACUAGGCUGCUUACCCGCGCUUCGCACGGCUUUCACUGUAUUAGUAUGGAGUUCAAAUUAUUCAAUUCUUGCUUUUGAGGUUA